UGUUGGUCACAGCAGUAGGGAAAUGGUUAAUGUAACGAGAACGCAUAACUUUGCAAAUAAAGUUCUUGGCAGUGCAUGAAAACAUUUCUGAGAAGAGAAUCAUCCAUAAAUGAUGGAAGAGUAGAAUGAGAGAUGCCCCUGUGUUGUUGCACGAUGCCGAGAGUUUUCUUGAACCUGGUUGUUGUAAUUAUUUCAUUAAAAUGUUCAUCCAAUGUCUCCGCAGAUAACCUGCCCCCACCGCCACCACCUACAACCGCGUUCAUACCUCCCUGAUGAAUUCAUUUUCCACUACGCCAAUCAAUCAUUUCCGAUCGACUUUUUCACCCGUGAACUUGGCUCCAACCUUCAAUGGACGGCUUCAAGUUGCCAUACUCUUGAAAGGAUCGCGUCAUGCGCCUACGGGCGCUGUGCAAGUACCGACUCAGCCAGAAAACGGCGGGAAAGUCUCAAUCCAUGUUUCUGUGAUGACAUAUGCAUGGAGCUUGGAGACUGUUGCUAUGACUACGUUAAACGUUGUUUACCUGGGUCACAGUGGCAGCUACCUUUCCAUACUCGCCCCAGUCCAAAAACUUGUGCGAGGACGAGUGAGAAGCGCGCCUUCGCCAUGGUCAGCGGCUGUCGCCAAAACCCUCCUGGAGAUAAAACAGCCGAGAAAUGUUACCAGGAUGAGCAUGACACGACUUUGCUCAGCGGUGCUCCCGUCUUUGACCAUGCGCAGAACAUAUCUUACAAGAAUAUCUACUGCGCGAAAUGUAACAACGCGUCGCAGCUUUCCUAUUGGUUAAUGAACAUAACGUGCGAAAAUGACGACAUGGAAUCUCUCUGGAAUGAUCCGGGCCGUUUGUUAAAACACGUCAGGGAAAACUGCACGUGGGAAUACCUUCCUAGCUACGCGAUGGGUCAAAAUUUUGACUCCUGUACUCCUCAAGACACGGAUUGUGUAAAAAAUGCCACCGAUAAUCAGAAAAAGGAUGUCAAACAAGCUGUACACGACAUAUGCAAUCUCUAUUCGCUCCCUAUACGUUCUGUAGAGAAAAUAUUCAAAAACCCUCACUGCGCGAUUUGUAGUGAUUUCAGUGGAGGGGCGAAUUGCUGGCUUGCCUACCCGUACAACCCACCAGCAGCCUUGAACAUUCUAUUUGACUUCAAAACCAACGAGAAAUACGACCUGAAAAUUUUGAAGGGUGACAAUGUGGAAAAAUCAUACACAAAGGCUUACUCGUGUGCGACAGGACAUGCGUAUGACCUCGUGGAAAUGACGUGCAAAACCCUACCAAUAGAAUCACAGCCAUCAACCACCACCCCCAAAACGACAUCCUUAACAAUGUCUGCGAAUCAACCAACAACCGCAAACGAAAACAUAACCGGUGGAAGUACCGGAAGUGCUAUGACCGGAAGUGAAUCACCGACUCUACCGACCACCCCUUGCGUCCGGGUCAUCUACAAAGCUUGUGACGUCACACUACUCAGCAACAAAAGUUUGUUAGUGAUGAAAACAGGCGCGGUAUACCCUAAAGAGCAUUACACAAUUCGAGACUUAUCGGUUGUAGUUUGCGUGGGUAAGGAGGCCUUCGCAGCGAAAACAAUUGACAGUAGCCAUGGAAACCGCAUUGAUGAAAUGCAAGUGUUUACGUACGUGGGUCUUGCGCUGUCAGCGGUCACUGAGCUGGUUCUGUUAGGGGUCUACUGCAGGGUCAAAGAGAUGAGGAAUAUUCCCGGAAAGAACUUAAUGAGCUUCUUGGCUGCCUUGCUAGGGUAUCAAAUCUUUUACGUGCUGAUUGGCUACAACAACAUCCGGGAACUUUGCAUUGCUGUUGCCAUAGUGAUCCACUAUUUCUUUCUGGCUUCAUUUGGGUGGAUGGCAGUAAUGGCGUAUGACGUCAUGAAGACAUUUACAUCAAAAGGAGUGCGAAGCUGCAGUAACAAUCGUUUUCUCAAGUACAGUGGCUUCGCUUGGGGAUCGCCCUUCGUGUUUGUUUCAGUUUGUGCGACCCUCGACAAGACUGUGGAAUCUGUCAAUAUCGGAUACGGACAGUCACCGGGGGGCUGUUGGAUGGAAAAGAACCUUUCUCGGCUAGGAACCAUGCAUGCGCCAGUUUCCAUGGUGAUCGUCUUUAACCUUGUUGCCCUCCUUAGGACUGUCCUAGCCAUACGCAAAACCCAAAAGACUUCCAGGAUGGCCCGUGAAAAUGGUAAGAACCCUCUCCCUUACCUGAUCGCCAAGCUGUCCUGUGUGAUGGGCUUUACGUGGAUACUUGGUCUGAUGGUCGGACUCGUGGACUCGACUCUGGUUCUCUACACUUACACCAUCCUCAACAGUCUACAGGGUUUUAUUGUCAGUCUGUUUUUUUUGUCAAAUAAGACAACACUCAGCCAUCUACAGAAAAAGAAGCCGCUGACCUCUUCUGCGGGCGUGAAUGAUGGUACCCGCCCGAUACAGGCCACGGAAAAUAUGGCUUUCAGCAAGAUGUAGAAUUGCAUAUGGAGUAUAUAGGGCAAGUCAAUUCAGAUCGCAACAACAACAAAUUCUACAAAAAAGUCGCCCCAUUACUACUUGUCGAUUAAGGUGGCGCGCCGAGGUUGUUUUGGCUAAACAGCUUAUGCUAAUUCCGCCUACAGAAGACUCAUUUUCGGCGCGAUUUUCGUAAAUUUUUCAGAUUUUUCUCGCACAAGUUGCCUUAGGGUGUGGACUUAACAGGGGGCGUAAAUUCGGGAAUGGAUCUUUGUAGGCAAAAGUGCAUUUAUUUUUUCAAAGAUUGCAAGGACAAUUUUGGCGUAAAAUAAAGAUUUAGCAAUCGCGAAGUUUGACAGGUCAGUUUUAAGCCAAAAAUUCGUGUGCUUCAAGCUGGAGUAUUGUUAGGUGUUACUGUGAAUUUAGAAAAAAAAUCAUCGCGCAGAUUUCGAUAUUUUUAUUUUAAUAUAAAAAAAUUGCUUCCAUUUACCUUGCAUGAAAAAAAUAAAUAAUUUGAUUUCAAACAAGAGUGAAUCUUGCGGGAUCUGACAAAGCAUAGAUGUAUUAAUAAAAUCUGAAAAAUUAACGAAAAUCGAGCCGAAAAUGAGUCUUCUAUAGGGAACUUAGUAAAAGCUGUUUAGCCAAAACAACCUCGGCGCGCCGCAUUAAGUAGAUCCCGUGUAGGGUGGCUGGUACCACCAGGUAGCCAUGCAGCGGCUACGGGAUAAAGUUCUCUGAAACUUCAUCCCAUCCCGCCUCCACCCCCCACCCCCCAUCCCCUACCCCCUACCCUCCAGAGAAAAAAAAAAGAAUUUAGCGUCUUAAAUAUCACAAAAUAUCUAACAUUGUCGUAGGGUGAGGGAUUUCAAAUAUUUACAUGUUAUACAAACAAUAGCAUUUAUUAGUCACGUAUCACAUACAACUAAACUAAUAAGGUUACAACGAUUAUUGAUCAAACUACUUUGUAUAUAGUGUUAUACUUAAAGGAAAAUAAAGAAUUGUAAGCAAA